AUGGUGAGCGUGCUCUUUGUGUGUCUCGGCAACAUCUGCCGCAGCCCCGCGGCAGAGGCUGUGUUUAAGAGCAUUGUGGCGCGAAGCGAGAGCGCAGGUGUACCUUCGUUCCACAUCGACUCGUGCGGCACGGGCGGCGGCGACCCCGAUUGGUACCAAGAAGGUGGUACGUCGUACCACGAGGGCGAUAGGGCGGACUCGCGGAUGAUCAAAGAGGCCCAAAAACGGGGCUACACUAUGACGUCGCGCUCGCGACCGCUCACGAAAGAGGACGUUGAGGACGUGGACCACAUCAUCUGCAUGGACAAGCGCAACAAGACGGCGGUGCUGGAGGCGGCAGACGCCUGGGGCGGCGCCUCGUGUCGCCGUCUCGCAGCUUCCAAGAUCUCGAUGAUGACGAGCUACUGCACGACGUUUCAGAAUGUCGCAGGUGUUCCCGAUCCGUGGUACACUGGUGGCUUUGACCAUGUGUUGGAUCUGCUGGAAGACGCGUGUGAGGGACUAUACGGUGCCAUUGCGACGGAUCAGGAGACGUGUCAAUCAGCAGAGGGGCCGAAUGACAUUUCGGAAGGGAUUAAACUUGAACAACAUGCUGGAGAAAUGAUAAAAGCACUGCAAUUCGUGCAUCAAUUGAUGACAGACUUCCGCAACGGCUGGAAUUAG